AGGUUUAUAUCACCUGUGUGUGACACACACACACACACACUCAUACACUCACACAGACAGGACACGGUGCUGAGCCUCUUAUUAAACCACACUGAUAUGCAGGACACACACAUGGAGAAGGAGCUCUGCUUGUGAUCUCAGAAAAAGGUCAAGAGGUCAAGAGGAACGUCAGCAUCAACAAAGCGGUGAACAGUUCAGCAAGAACACAACCAGGAUCAUGGCACCCAUCUACAUCGACCUGCCGACAGAAAGCCUCCCGACACUGGCGCUCCUCUCUCUGAUCUUCCUCUUUGUCCUUGCCAUCACAUUCCUCGCUCUCUGUACGAGCUGUAAGAGGCACUCGUUUGAUGUGGAUAACAGCAGUACGGUGAACAAGAACGCCACCCUGGUUCGAGUUGUAAAGCCGGGAGAUGUUGACGACACCGUUCCUAAAAGAACAGCUAUCACUGUGUUGCCCGAGGACUUACAGCUCGACCCAAAUCAAAAGUUCAAACCGUGGAGGAGUCACACGCUAGGCACGCCUCUGUCCUUCUCUACACAUUUAACGCAACCCAGAGAUGACGGUGAACGGUGACAUGGUGAAUCUGUAGGGUGUUUGAUGAUGAGAACGGCACCAUUAUGCACAGGAUUUAACCACAUCUGUCAUGGAAUUAAGUCUCAAACUGUGUCUACGCACACUGAAAUUGCUUAUCCUGAAAAACUGAUAAAACCUCUCAAAAAAGCCACUGCCCACACCUUUCUGUUGCCAUGCUAUGGACUUAGCACAUCUACGAAACUGCUGGAGGGAAGAAAAUUCCUGAAGUCUUCAUGAGUGGAGCUUGAAAUGGAUCCAUAUUUUACAUCAUGACCCACUGUGCAAUGGGCCAAAUCUUCUGGCUAGCACAGGAAUCGAAUGAUUGAUCUUGGUGGUACUGAUAUUAACAUCACAAGCAUGAGUAAGAAUUUCCAGGGUUCUAGCACACCACAGAGGAAUCUGCUCUACGUUUGCCAGAAAGAACUGAAACAUUCAAGCUUACUCGAACCAUCCCUCCAUAAAGGGUCCUCAAGCAUUCUAGCUUUCUAAAGGGGUUCGACAUGAAACCUCUUUUGUCUGAAGGGGAAACCAUAUAUUAAGGGUUCCUUGAAUGAGACAAACCCUUUAGGAUGCUCACUGAAAGGGUUUUAGACUGGGAUAGGAACUUUCAGUAUGAGAUUUAGCUCCACAGUGAGUUUCAUGCAAAUGCACAGAUCCACAUCUAUAGUUCAUUUCUAAAACAAUAAUAUGUUUAAAGUAAUAUCAAAAUCAGCUAUCUGUAUGAGGUGUAGGUCACUUUAUCUUGCUAACAUAUGAGGUGUUACAUAUUAUAAAAAUGUGUGUGUGGAUUUCUAAGUUUACCGGUGUUGGGGAAUCUGCAAUUUCUGAAAUGAAGUUGACAUGAACUUCUGAGAAUUUCAGCACACUAAAAGCACAGUAUUUCUAAAGUUAUCCCAUAUCUCAUAAUAUUUUUAGUAUAAAUAUGGAGGUGAUUAUAGAAAAUUGCAUAUGCUGAUUGGUCGAGAAAUUCAGGCUAUUUCUCGAUAAUCACCUCGAGCAACUUGGCAGAAUGGCGGCCGAUCACUUCGUCACCGUAAGUGAGGAAGAAUUACAAAUUAUGAAAGAAAAUGCUGUUCUUAAAAGCACUAAAGAUGCUACAAAGUUUGGUCUGAAACUAUUCAAAGGUAAGGUGGAAUUGUGAUUUAUUUUACCUAUUUCAAAAAGUAUUUUAUGUGAGUCGGCAUAGAUAAGUGACACAAGUCUGUGCUGUGCCGUUAUUACAUUUGCAUGCCGCUUUUGAAGUUUGAAAUGAAUUAUUUUUGAAUACGAUUUUUUUAUUUAUUUGAAAUAAUCACCUGUGUGUUUAUACUAAAAUAAUUAUCUGCCUCAGGCUCAGUGAAUAUUAGUGACUAACUGUUAAAUGCUGUAUUACUAACCUAAAUAUAAGCAAUUAAUAACCAACAAUGAUUAACCUAACAGGUAAAAAUUAAAUAGUAGUUUUGGUAAAGCUACUUGGUAAGUUAUUUCCCGUUAUCAAAAGAAACUAGGAUCAGUUUAAUAGUUUGUACGAAACCAAAACUGACCUAUAUAAAAGGUGAGCACAUUCCAGCUCACACUACAGAUUGUUUGUAUAACCGGUUCACACUAGGCCUCAUUCAUCAAUCAUGUUGUGAGUAAUUUUUUUCUUAGGCCAAACCGAACUAAAAAUUCCCACCAGAUGUACAAAAGUUUCCCUGAUUUUCUUCAUACUCACAUGCACAUGUUAAUCAAUGGCAAAAAGCUGUAAAUUACCAAGUGCUGAUUUAUAUUUAGCCACACACCAAACACCAUAAAGGCAAAGCUCACAGAGAGCUGAAAACGACAAAAUGGCAACUAAACGCCGAAUAUUCCAGUAAUGCAGCUCAGCCACUGCAGCGCAUCUCUCUCGACACAUACUCAUUAUUCCUCCUUUUAUAGGGUACCAUUUUAUUUUGUCCUAAUUAAAUGGCAAGUCUAAUUUAUGUUAAUUUAUGGAUUCUUUUGCACCACUUUCAGUUCAGGUCAUGACAAUUACAAUAACUCGUUAAUUAUACGAUUUGAAGCUAACCAAUCGAGGUUGAGAUUUCUGAGUCUCCUUAUUUACAUAAACUCAGAAGCUAAACUAACUGGAUUUUCAUGAAUGCUGUAUUUCAUGUGAAUACUCUGUAAAAAAAAUUGAGCGUAAGCUUGUUUGUAUUCAACAUGAUAAAUGAGGCCCAUUGUGAGCCACCAUCAGUUAAUCAGUAAUCACUUACAGUCAUGCUUCAUGGAAUAGGGUGUGAGCCGCUGGAUAACCAAGCACGUCGUGUGUAUUCGUGUGACUGACGAUAUGCAAAUAGUUAACUCUUUAUAAUCUAAUUUCUUUUAAACUAUUUUUCGAUCUAUGUGUAUGCAACACACGAUGUUGUGAAAAUAAAUGAGAGAAAACAUUUA